GUCUCUCCCAGGUGCCCAGGAUGCUGGUGCUGUGCCUGCUGUCCCUGGCCUGGCUCAGUGAGGGGUCCCAGCGCAGCGAACCCAUGUUCACAGCCGUCACCCCCCGCUUCCUCCCGCCCGACUACGACAGCAACCCCACGCAGCUCAACUAUGGCGUGGCCGUCACUGACCUGGAUGCCGACGGUGACUUUGAGAUCGUGGUGGCGGGGUACAACGGCCCCAACCUGGUGCUCAAGUACGACAAGGCCCGGGGGCGGCUGGUGAACCUGGCAGAGGACGAUCGGGACUCCCCGUACUACGCGCUGCGGGACCGGCAGGGCAAUGCCAUCGGUGUGACAGCCUGUGACAUCGACGGGGACGGCCGCGAGGAGAUCUACUUCCUGAACACCAACAACGCCUUCUCGGGCAUGGCCACCUACACAGACAAGCUCUUCAAGCUCCGCAACGGGCGCUGGGAGGACCUCCUGAGCGACGAGGUGAACCGGGACGUGGCCAGCCUCUUUGCAGGGCGCUCUGUCGCCUGCGUGGACCGGAUGGGCUCCGGCAGAUACUCCAUCUACAUUGCCAACUACGCCAGCGGCAACGUGGGCCCUCACGCCCUGAUUGAGAUGGACGUGGCUGCCAGCGACCCUGCCCGUGGUGUCGUGGUGCUGGUGGACGUGGCUGCCCAGGCGGGUGUCAGCAAGUACACAGGGGGCCGUGGGGUGGCUGUGGGACCCAUCCUGCGCGACCGACAGGCUUCACUUAUGGCAGGUUACACAAGAACAUGUCCAGGUGCGUUUUGGAAGUCUCCAGAGAAGGAGACUCCACAGCCUCUCUGGGCAGCUCGUGGCUCCCCAGGGCUAGAUGACCCCUACCAGCACGGACGCGGUGUGGCGCUGGCUGACUUCAACCGCGACGGCCGGGUGGACAUCGUCUAUGGCAACUGGACGGGACCCGGUGUCGCACUCCCUGUGCUUGUUGUCACCCCGUGCCCAUCCCUCACGCAGGACAUCGCCACCCCCAAGUUCUCCAUGCCCUCCCCCGUCCGCACCGUCAUCGCAGCGGACUUUGACAACGACCAGGAGCUGGAGGUUUUCUUCAACAACAUCGCUAACCGUGGCUCCUCUGCCAACCGCCUCUUCCGGCUCAUCCGCAGGGAACACUCGGACCCCAUCGUGGAAGAGCUGAAUCCAGGGGAUGCACUGGAGCCUGAGGGACGGGGCACGGGGGGUGCAGUGACAGAUUUUGAUGGCGAUGGGAUGCUGGACCUCAUCCUGUCCCAUGGCGAGUCCAUGGCACAGCCGAUCUCCAUCUUUAAGGGCACCCAGGGCACCGACAACAACUGGCUGCGCGUCAUCCCCCGCACCCGCUUCGGGGCGUUUGCGCGGGGGGCCAAAGUGGUGCUGUUCACGCGGCGCAGCGGGGCCCACCUGCGCAUCAUCGACGGCGGGUCGGGGUACCUCUGCGAAAUGGAACCUGUGGCGCACUUCGGGCUGGGGCACUACAAAGCCAGCAGCCUGGAGGUGACCUGGCCAGAUGGCCGUGUAGUGGUACGACCUGUGGCCAGCAGUGAGACCAACUCUGUCUUAGAAGUCCCCUACCCCCUGGAUGUAAAGAAGCCACUCGUGCCUGCCCGCCUGGAGUGUGGGCAGGGAUUCUCCCAGCACGAGAACGGACGCUGUGUAG